AUGGCAACUUCUAGGGCUCUUGUUCUUCAUUCUCGCGACAAGCCACUGGCUUUAGAGACCGUACCUCGCCCUGUCGCCAAAGCAGGCCAGGCAGUGGUCCGCAUUCUGGCCGCAGACAUUGUACCUUAUAUGUCUCAAGUGCUUGAUGGAUCUCGGCCAUACCCUCUCUCGCUUCCUAUGACACCGGGCAAUACUGCCAUAGGAAGAGUGUUUGAAGUCGGUCCUGACGCCGUCAAGCUUACCGUGGGCCAACUCGUCUUCUGCGACAUUACAAUACGUGCUCGAGAUAAUCCAAACGUCUCGAUCCUAUUCGGCAUCCAUGGAGGUGGAUAUCCGGCGGCGCAGAAACUUAUGGAUGGAGAGUGGCGCAAUGCAACAUAUGCCGAAUACACCAAAUUCCCGCUCGAGAAUCUAUAUCCUUUGAAUGAAGAUGUGCUGUUCGGCAAACUUGGAUACACAGUAUCGGAUCUGUGUCUGAUGCCAGUCUGCCUCGUGCCGUUUGGUGGGCUGUCCGAGGUCGAUGUGAAACCUGGCGAAGUUGUUAUCGUGGCACCGGCUACCGGGCGAUAUGGAGGAGCUGCUGUGGCCGUGGCCCUCGCUAUGGGGGCAACAGUGGUGGCAGCAGGCCGAAACAAAAACGCGCUCAAAGCACUAGAAAACAUCCAUGCAUCCACCGGUCGUCUCAAGACAGUGACCCUUACAGAAGAUAGCUCAAGCAACACAGAAGUAUUCAAAACCGCCGCCGGCAAGCCAGAAGGGGCAGACGUAUACAUCGACUUUUCACCACCUGCAAUCAAGGACGGCUCGCUCCUGGUCGCAGCCGUGGGGGCCUUGCGGCCUUUUGGGAGGCUUGCCAUUAUGGGUGGACACUCGGGAAACAUCAAUGUGCCUUAUCUGGACAUUAUGUUCAAGAGUAUUCGAAUCCAAGGUCGGUUCAUGUACUCCCCGCAACAUGUCCUGCAGUUGAUUCAUAUGACCGAGUCGGGACUGCUUAAAUUUGGCAGCAAACUUGGAAUCAAAGAAACCCAGGAGUUUGGACUUGAAUUGGUUGAGGAUGCGCUUCAGGCUGCAGGGAAGCUGAAGAUUGUGUUGGAGACUCGGAGCUCUCAAACCGCUCUCCCCGGGUUUGUCUCAACUGCAAGGCGCGAAAACGCAAGUGCGACAAAGCGCUACCUACAUGUUCUCGAUGUGACAGACUUGAGACUCAUGUUGCGGUGCGAAUAUGAGAGCGCAGACUUGAUGGCCGACGAUGGUCUCCAUCCUAGCGUGAUCAGUUUGAAUUCUGUAAACUGGGCGGCAUGGGUUCGCAGUUUUUAUCUUUCGAUGCACAACAAGCCCGAAGAUUUUGUGUCCGUAUAUUUUGCCACAGUUCACAAAUGGCUUCCUAUCAUCAAUGAGGGACGGUUCAGGGGCCGUCUUGAAUGGCGCUCUUAUAAUUAUGACACAGAUCACCUCCUAUUACUGACAAGCUUGUACUUGAUUGUGCGGCGCCCGGAUGAGCUGCCACAGCCACCAUUAAUGAUGGAUGACCCUGUGUACCAGGUUGUACGGCACUUCUAUUUCCACGUUUUUGCAGACAUAGCCAGCAGUCCGUCAAUACAGCUUAUUCAAAGCGGCCUGUUAUUGGCCACUUACGAGUAUGGCCACGGAAUGGUCGAUUCGGCCAGCAGCACCCUUUUUCCCUGUCUCUCUGCGAGUAUGACAUUAGGUCUCCACCAGAAGAAGGCUCCGUUAGACAUGAAUAUUGCAUGGAAAAGUGCCAUGGAGGAUGAGUCUACGCUGGUCUGGUGGGCGAUUGUUAUUACUGACCGGAUAAUUUGUGCCUCUUAUAUCUCGAAGCCUCGACUGCCUGUCACUAUAAUCAUUGAUGAAGCCAACUUUCUUUCCGACUUGGGAAAUACCAAGAAUCCUAAAGAUGACAGACUUUCGUGGGACCAUGAUUCCUAUGCCGCAACGAACUUCUACCGACAGGUCCAGUCUUCAGUGCUACUUGGACAUGUAUUAUACCUGAUUAAUUCAUCGGAUCCAUUUUCCGAAGAAAGUCAAUCACGCUUCAGGGUAUUAGAUUCCCAGCUUCUUCGAGCCAUCCAGGUAACUCUACAGACAGAGACUGCGGGUAAACUGAAUUCCGUUUCGGAGGCCCUGUCGCUGAAUAGAAGCGCUUUUCUUCUGUUGCACCGGUGGCAGUACGACCACUCGAAGAGGAUUAACAACGACACCAUGCUUUUGCAAUCAACAAUGGCCAUAGAGUCUAUAAUAACGAUAACAAUCCAGACUGUACGUGACUUUAUACCGCGCAUCCAAGCCGGGUGGUUCAAGUCACACCAUCCGCAGGGGGUCCAAUCCGUCUUCCUUGCAACCAUUGCCUGGCUCCAUAUGGGUUCCUAUGACAAUACAUGUGUAGAGGACCUCAAGGAAAUGAUGAAAAUCCAGUCGCGAAGAUGGAACAUUGCAGGUAUGGAUUGCGCUCGCUAUAUACUCCGAGAAUGA